GAACUUGUGUUCGAGAAUUUGUGUACAAACCCUUUAAACCCUAGUGAAACCCUAACAAAUGUAAUCUUGAGCUCUCUUUUUUUCUCUCUCUCUCUCACUCUCGGCCGCUUUAUAAAACCCUAAUCUCCCUAUCUGUAACUUCAAGCUUACAGCCAUGGCGGAUGUUGAAGGAGAGGUUGCGGCUACUGGAGUCCCAAAGAAGAGAACAUUUAGGAAGUUCAGUUAUAGAGGAAUUGAUCUGGAUGCACUUCUUGAUUUGAAUACUGAUGAACUCGUCAAGCUUUUCCCUGCACGAGUUCGCAGAAGGUUGUCAAGAGGUUUGAAGCGUAAGCCUAUGGCUCUAAUCAAGAAACUACGCAAAGCGAAACGUGAAGCUGAACCUGGUGAGAAACCUGAACCUGUUAGGACCCACCUUCGCAAUAUGAUCAUUGUCCCUGAGAUGAUUGGUAGUGUCAUUGGUGUUUACAAUGGUAAGACCUUCAACCAGGUUGAAAUCAAGCCUGAGAUGAUUGGCCAUUACUUGGCAGAGUUUUCCAUUUCUUACAAGCCUGUGAAGCACGGUAGACCAGGUAUUGGUGCCACACACUCUUCAAGGUUCAUUCCUCUAAAGUGAAGAGAUUUUAUCAAAUAUUCUCAUCUUGUAGAAUUCAACAUUCUAGGUUUUUUGUCAUUUUUGUGAGCCAUGACUCUUCACGAUCUUAUGGGUUUUGCAUAGUCUCGAUUACAUGUACUUUGUCUUUGACUAUACUCAGUUUUGCAGAUUAAUUUAAGUUUUGUUGGACAAUAUGUUCUGUUGGCAUCAAUGUUUUGUGGAGUUCUUGAACUUGACUGACAUUUCUGGGUGUAACUUUGAUACCUUACCAUAAUGUGGAUGGUGUGGCACGUUCUGACC